UGUAACGUUACAACGAGGCACGCGCGCGCCCGCGCGGAAUCAAGUCAGUACGCUCGUGAACGCGCGCCGAGGAGAACGCACGCACGAGUUUCUAGCCGCGGCGACCCGAGUCCGACCCGACCGCGCGGGACUCGACGUGUUCAGCUCUCGACGUGUCGAGAAGAGAAAGAAAGAAAGAAAGAACAAGAAACUGACAUCCUCGACCUCACGUGGUGCAACGGACAAGCAUACCAUGAAUAGGACGGAAUUCAAUAUUGUUCUGAGCACGGAGCCACCGAGGACACCUCCGAACGUGAUUCACUCUCACAUUCCGGUGCCGAAAAUACCGACCGCGUUUAAGGCUCAAGAAAGAUGUCCUCCAAAACGCAGAGGAUCCUUCGAGAAGCUCGGUCGGGGGACGGGGAACGUGGCAGCCCAAAGAGCGUCCUUCGAGAAGCUCGAAGCUUCAGUCGUACAGCUGAGGUCGCGCAAUAAUAAUCAAUUGUCAACCUCCAGUAUCGAGAUGCGAAGAUCUGAAGAAAAGACGAUACCGAUGAGCGGUUGCAAGACGAACGACGUGGUUAAUCUCAAUAGGAGCAACAGCUUCUUGGAAACCAAGUGGAAGAACAAAUAUGAGGAUUCUGAGAAAAGGCGGAAACACCUACUACAGAAGAGCGAAGCUGUGAAUAAGGAGCACAUGGAUUUGGAGAAAAAAUAUCAACAAUUGCAGAGGGAAAAUAACGCGUUGCAGUCGCAGGUUCAGGAAAAGGAGCAGAAAUUAUUAAAAUUACGAACAGUUUCCGAAGCGGUAUGUAAAGAAUACGAACAAUUAAAACAUCAGUAUGACGUGGAAACGAACGCAAUGCACAAAGCUAUGCAACAAGCCUCUGAGUGGUACCGACAAAACCGAGAGCUGAAACGAAGAUCCCAUAUCUUGGUACAGAAAUUUCAACGUAACAAUCCGGAUGAAUUACUGCAUUUCGAUAUGUCUGACGAAGUGGACUCGAACUUCGAGGAUUUGGAUCAGUUGAGGCAAACAGUGAAAGAUCUGAGUGGUGAAAUAGCGCGACUGCAAACGGAACUUCAUUCCGCGCGGCUUCAAGAAUUCGAGGCGCAGGAGCAGGUGACGCAGCUGACCACACACCUGGAAGAGGAAAGGGCUCUCCGACAAAAAGGCGAGGAGAAAAUUAACGAGAUGAAAGUGCACAAGGAAAACAUGGAAAGAGUUACGAAAAUGGUGGCCGAGGAAGUGGAGACUCUGAAGACGCAAUGCGAUCGCGAGAGAGAAAGCGCAAAAAUUCUGAAGAUAGAAGCCGAAAAAUUCCAGAAAGAACGGAACGUCUUAGCACAUCAAAGCGCUCUUCUCAUGGCCGAGGUUGGAGACGAUCCGAACGGGAGACUGUUAAAUAUUUUGCAAGAAGUGGAAACCCUAAAGAGGCUACUGGAGGAGGAAAAACAAAAUCAUACUUCUCAAGUACAGAUGUUGCAGGAGAAAUUAGAGGAGAAAGAGUCAAAUGUAGAAUUUGAGAUUGUCGAGGAGAAGCUAAAGCUCGCGGAAUCUGAAUUGGAGGUAAUCGUUCAAAGAGCCGAGAGGGCCGAGAAAUCGGUAGAAGAAUUGGAGAAGGUUGUGCAUUGCUUGAAACAGAAAAUCAGCGAGUUAGAGGAGAAACUUUCGAGACCGCCACCGCCACCGUUACCGCCACCUCCUCCACCACCGCCUACGUCGACGAUUGGUCAAUCAUCAAUAAAGUUGCUGACUAGAGAAAAAUUGACCUCAGCAGUAAGUGAUAUGGAAAACAUGCUUGGCAUUACGCCGAAAAAAACGACUGCGGUCGCACAACAACCCGCUAUUGACGAUAUUAUUAAUCAGAUUAAAGGCGGGCGUUUUACGUUGAAGCAAACGGACAAACAAAGAGAAGAAGAACGAAAAAGACGACAAGAAGCAGAGAAUAAACCACCAGCAGUGUCUGAAAUGUUAAAUAUUCUCGGUACUAUGAGACGAAGAGCCAAGCCAAUAAGACAAGCAUUCAAGUUUACAGACACAGCGUCAUAAUGAGAAUUAUUUGGACAAAUACAGAUUGUAAUUCCAACAAAAGUUUGAUGAGUCAUUCGGCUAAAUUAUACACUAUUAUUUUAUAUGAUAUAUAUAACAAAGAUAUGUAUAUAUAUCUUCGUUAUUUUACAUGUACAUUUUAUCUCAUAGAUCUGUCUUGCUCAAUCUAAAUUUAUUCAAAAUCUAUUUAUUCGACUGUAAAAGUAAGUUUUAUACUACUAUAUAUGAACAUCUUAAGCCAGACGAGAUCUAAUACAAGAUCAUGGCAAUUUUGCAAAUAUUUUGUAAUUUACAUGUUAAGAGGAAUAAAAGCAAAAAAUGAAAAAAAA